AUACGUUCACAAAACCACAUCCUGCAGAAUGGUAAGGAGGAGGAGAGGGGGGGAAGGAGACUGCUGUGACACAACCCAGGAAAGAAGAAAGAGAUAUACACCGUGACAAGGCACACACACAUCUAGUGACAACGAAACAAUAGCACAGGGUCUAACACACUCUCUAGCUGGGGCUGAGACUACAUCCCUCUGUCACACCGAUACAAAGCCCUGCUGGCUGCAAGAGAAAAAAAAAGAAAGAAAUCACAAAUCUGCAAACACCCAUAUUACACACACAUCUCUGGACCACAGUGUGCCACACCCUGACACAGACCGGGCUGACACUGUUACACUGUGACACACUGACAGGGACAGAGCGAGAUGUCAGACAAUGAGGAGACACAGAGAGUGGAGGACAAUGAAGAACAGACAUAUGAAGAAAGACUGGAGGAGACUGAAAGAUUGACCACUCAGUGGAGUGUGGAAGACGAGGAGGAAGCAGCAAGGGAGCGACGCAGAAGAGAGAGACAGCAGCAGUGUCAGGAUGGCAGCGAAGGGCAGUCUCCAGAGGACCUAAAUGAAGACAACUGCACACAGUCAGAUGACCAUGUGAUGCUGAAGCCAGCUGGUCCUUGGGAGACUGAGGAAGAUGAGGGAUUUAGUGACUGGUCUCAGAGAUUGGAGCAAAGGAGACAACGAGGAGCAGCUCAGGCCACAGAGGAAACAGAGGAUUUCAGACAGAUGGAAAAAGCACAGAGUGUGGAGGCUGGAGUCACAGAGGAGGAUGGACGAGACGUAGGGCCAAAAGCAGAAGAGGAGGAAGAUGAAGGAACGUCUCGCUGUGAAGCAGCAGAGGUGAAUGAUGAGGCAGAUCCCUGCACCCACGAUGAUGGCAGUUAUGAACCCUGCAUGCUGGAGACAUUAUCCAUCUCUUCCAACCAAUGGGAAGCAAGAGAAUCCAAUGAUAGUAAAGAGAAAAGAGCACCAAGUCCAAGAAUUCAAGAUGAAGAGGAUGAAAUCCAGGUCCAAGACAGGUGGAGACAAGAAGAGAUACUUGAGCCUUCUACAGUCCAGACAGUCCCAGCCUCUGGCAGGUCACAGUCAGUUAGUGGUGAUGAAGAGGAAGGCAUUACUGUGAAGAUAACUGAGAGAGCAGAGGUUCUGAAUCGUUCCAUUGAGAAGAGUAACAGUAUAAAGAGAAGUGAGCCACCUCUUCCAAUAAACAAGAUUGAUGACCGUCUGGAACAGUACACGCAUGCUAUAGAGACAUCCUCUAAAACAGGCCGCUUGGUGCGGACACCAUCUCUAGAGAUGCUGAGUCCCGACGAUGCAGUGUCAACGAAGAAGAAUCGAUGGGAGGCAGGAGACGUGAGCACAGCCAGCAAGCCCGCCACAUGCAAGGACACAGAGGGAAUUAACAUUGGCGUGUCAGACAUGAUCAACCAGUGGGGGAAAGAAAAAUCGGAGCCAGAUGGCAAUGCCGUGCCACAGAAAGUCACAGAGGUGAAGCCAGGAGAGGUGCUGAGCAAGAAGGGGUUGUGGGAGCAGAGCCCCAAAUCAGGACAAAGUAAUAAGAGUGUAACGCCUAAUAAAAAAUAUAAGUUUGUUCCAACUGGACAUGGAAAAUAUGAGAAGAUCUUGGUGGAGGAUCCUUGAUGAGUUUUUUGGAUUUAAACCAGCGACCGAAUCUGCACAGAGUUUCCUAGAUAAAUUGCGCAAAAACAAAUUCCCUUCUGAUAUUAAAAUGGUUUACAGUGCUAAAUGGUGAAGCCAUGUUGCCUUAUCUGAAUCCCACCCUCUUGAGCUUUCAUGUCAUGUUUUUUGGAAGAUAUGUACUAAAGUCGUACAAGCCACAAACCAUCUGCGCUGUGGAAAAACUUAACUGUUGUGCCUCUGUACUGAAGCGUUCCACCUCUAUAAUGGCAACUUGUGACUCCUAUGCCUUAAUGCAGAAACAUCAGUACAUGGAAAAGGGUCAUGCUGAGCGCUGCCCCACUGCUAAUAGUGACUCCUCUGUCUGCAUAAACCAGGUGGCUUCAGGUGACCGUAUUGUUAGUAACCUUUCCUGUGCUGCUUCAGUGUCCUCUGCUAUUCAAACGCCUAACCGCUCAUAUACUGCAGUAGUUUAAAUGCCAAUGCAGCCAGCCUCCUAGAUUAUACAGUAUGUGGAUAGCAUGCUGCUGCAUACAAAUUGGACUCAUAUAUAAAAUCAGUACAUAGGGCAGCAAAGCUGAUAAAUCUUCACACAUUAGUACAUUGGCCACUCUCUCACUGUGAGAGAAACAAAUUAUGUCACAUGACAUCUAAAUUGCCCAACUGCAUUGGGUCUUUUUUAUUUACCUUUUUUAUGCUUUAUAAAUAAAACACAUAAAUAUAUCAAA